CACAGUCCACAUAGUAAAGCAAGCUCCGAGAAAGCACACUCGUUGUAGAGAGAGAGAAAAGAAAAAGCGAAAGAAAGCCAGAAAAAAAGCAAAAGAAAAAAAAAAAGAAAAAGAUUUACGAUGGGAAAAUUUCGAAUCAAAGAAUCGAAAAGAUAAAGGCAGAGCAGCGAGAGAGAAUCUAGGGUUUUUCGGCGGGGGUGGGUGGUUGAUCGAACGCCGAUACAUGGCGAGUCCGCAGACUGGAGGACCGGUCAUGACUCCGAGAUCGGGCAGAGCACUGUCUCUAACACCUGGUGCUAGGAUUUUGCAAAGCCCUCUCACUGACGAAACCAUCUGGAAGCGUCUUAAAGAAGCAGGCUUCGAUGAGGAAUCGAUUAAACGGAGGGACAAGGCUGCGCUCAUUGGCUAUAUUGCUAAGCUUGAAGCUGAGAUUUUUGAGCACCAACACCAAAUGGGGCUUCUGUUAAUGGAAAGGAAGGAGUUGACUUCCAAGUAUGAGCAAAUCAAAGCCUCUUCUGAAACGGUUGAAAUUCUGAGCAAGCGUGAUCAAGCUGCACACUUAACUUCUUUAGCUGAAGCAAGGAAAAAAGAAGAGGGUCUGAAGAAGGUGAUAGGAGUGAAAGAAGAAUGUAUAGCAAGCCUUGAGAAGGCAUUGCAUGAAAUGCGUGCUGAAUGUGCUGAAACGAAGGUUGCAGCUGAGUGCAAGUUGGCUGAAGCAUGCAGUAUGAUGGAGGGGGCUCAAAAAAAAUUUACUGACGCUGAGGUAAAGCUGCAUGCUGCAGAAUCUAUGCAAAUUGAAGCGAACCGAUUUCGCCAUGUUGCAGAAAGAAAGUUGCACGAAGUUGAAGCCCGUGAAGAUGAUCUUAGGAGGCGUAUUGAAACUUCCAAGUCUGAUUGUGAUGAAAAAGAGAAGGAGAUCAUUUUUGAGAGACAGUCUUUAUCUGAAAGGCAGAAAGCUUUGCAGCAAGAACAGGAUCGAUUACUUGAUGCAAAAGCUUUAUUAAAUCAGAGGGAGGAUUACAUUUUCAGUCGAUCGCAGGAGCUGAAUCAACUUCAAAAAGAGUUGGAGAACACUAGAAGAGACAUUGAGAUGGAGCGGAGAGCCAUCAAUGCUGAGAAAUCCAACCUAGAGUUGACAGAGGCUUCGUUGCGGACAAGAGAGGAGGCUUUAAGUAAAAGAGAAGCUGUAUUAAACGAGAAAGAGCAACAGCUAGUUGUUUUACGGGAGAACCUUGAAAGCAAAGAGUCUAAUGAGAUUCAAAAAGCGGUUUCAAAUCAUGAAAUUGAAGUCAGAACAAGGAAGUAUGCAUUUGAUGCUGAGUUGGAAAUGAUGCGCAAGUCAGUUGAGGAUGAACUUGAGGCUAAGAGACGGGCUUGGGAGUUAAGGGAGGUGGAUCUUAGACAAAAGGAGGAUCUACUGCAGGAAAGGGAACAUGAUUUGGAAGUUCAGUCAAGGGCACUGAUGGCUAAGGAGAAAGAUGUGGCUGAGAUGUCAAAUCUUAUUGAUGAGAAAGAAAAAAGUCUGAGAACUGCUGAAAAGGAGUUUGAGUUGAAUAAAAUUCUUUUGCAAAGAGAAAAAGAAGAGAUAAUCAAAAUGAAGUUGGAACUUGACAGUUCAUUAAAUUCACUUGAAGACAAAAGACAACAACUCGAUUGUGCCAAGGAGAAGUUUGAGGUUUUGAAAACAGAAAAAAGUGAGCUUUCAAUUCUGGAGACAAAACUAAAGGAAGAGAUAGAUUCUGUCAGGGCUCAGAAGCUACAGCUAAUGGAUGAGGCAGCUAUACUUGCUGCAGAGAAGGCAAAGUUUGAAUUGGAAUGGGAAGGGAUUGAUGAAAAGAGAGAGGAGCUACGGAAGGAAGCUGAGCGAGUAGCAGAUGAGAGAUUGGCCUUCACCAAAUUCAUCAAGGAUGAGCAUGAUAGUUUAAGGCAAGAGAAGGAUGAUAUGCGAGACCAGUAUAAACGUGAUGUUGAGUCACUUUGUCGUGAGCGGGAGGAUUUCAUGAAUAAGAUGGCGCAUGAGCGUUCUGAAUGGUUCAACAAGAUGCAGCAAGAACGUGCAGAUUUCUUACUAGACAUUGAGAUGCGGAGGAGGGAGUUGGAGAGCUGUAUUGAUAAAAAACAUGAAGAAUUAGAAAGUUCAUGGAGGGAAAAAGAGAUGGCUUUUGAGCAGGAAAAGAAAAAUGAACUUCAAAAUAUUAGCUCUCUCAAGGAAAAAGUGGCAAAGGAGUCGGAGCAGGUUGCUUCAGAAAUGAAAAGGCUUGAAACUGAGAGAAUAGAGAUAAAUUUGGACCGUGAGCAAAGGAAUCAGGAAUGGGCUGAGCUGAAUAAUGCUAUUGAGGAACUUAAGGUUCAAAGAGAGAAGUUGAAAAAACAAAGGGAGUUAUUGCAUGGGGACAGAGAAGAGAUUCUUGCACAAAUAGAGUACCUAAAUAAAUUGGAGAAUGUGAAAUUGGCUUUAGAUAGUAAGGCUGUUGCUGAGAUACAUCAAUCUAAUUCAACGCCUAGUCAUCACGAAGUUACCAGAAAAAAAAGAUUGAAGCAGCCAACACGUAUACAAGAUGCUGAUUUCAAAUUACAUAAUGAAAAUAAUGGUAUCAACAACAUGAAUAAGUCUGAUUCUGCAUCUAUGCUAGAAGUAAAUGGGGGUUCCUCUCCUAGCUCUGCACGUUUCUCAUGGAUCAAACGUUGUUCUGAUUUGAUUUUUGGACAGUCUUCUGAGAAGCUUCCGUUGAAGUAUGAAGAUUGUUCUCAGAUAUCUCACCAUGAAGAUGCAAGCUUGAGGGUAGCCAGGCAAUUAGAUCAGUCAGGAAAACAUGACAGGCAGAAGUACAUGGGUAACAAGUCACCCAGAAUGGUUAGCAGGAGAAGACCACCAGGAUCUGCUUUUGAAGAACCAAAAGUAAUAGUCGAAGUCCCCACUUCAGGUAAGGUUGCCAAAGGAGUUGGUGAUGAAAUUAAUGAAGCUGCAAAUGAAAAGGAUGCUCCUGAGCAAGGAUUUCAGGCUGGAAGGAAAAGAAGAGCAGACAAACCUUCCAACAGAUAUUCUGAUCCACCACAAGGUCAAAGGCAAAACAUCAAGAAAAGAAAGCAACAACAUGAUGAUGAUGUUAAUGCAUCAGAACAAGCCGUUAGUCACCGUGCUGUCCUGCAGCAGGCAUCAAAAUCAUCUGAUCAAACUCAUUUAGGUGCUGAAGAGACUACUGUGUUAGUAGUAGAUAAAAUCAUUAAGGUUUCGGAAGUGACAUGUGAAAAAGUUGAAACUUACCAUGGCACCGAUCAAGACGAAUUAGCAGUGAAGAAUUUUGUUAUGGAAUUAGACCAGGGUAUCCAUCCUGAUGGAGAAAGUGGUCAUUUAAAUUGUGCAAAUGUACAAAAAAGUGCUGCACCCUUGGGCCCUGAGGCACAGGAAAAGAUACAAGAAGUGCACCUGGGAAAUGUUGGAGAAGUUACUGAGUAAAGUAAGUCAAAAGAAAAAGAUAUUCAAGAACACCAUUCAGGGGUAGUGAUCAUUAUGGUGUGUGCCAAACUAGGUUUUGAAGUUCCAUGAAAAUAGACAAUGUCAAAGCAGAAGUUGAAGAAUUCUGGCUGUUCGUCCAGUGUACCUAUAGUCCCUUGCCUGGAUUUGAAAUAGACAAGGAGUAGUUUUGUUCGUUCUCUUUCGAGUUUCUUUUGGUUUUGCUAGCAUAUAGUAAGUUGUGAAAAUCACCAUAUUAAUUAGAUCUGUUUCCUUCCGCUGCAACACAGCACACCGGAAGUCAAAAAGAAAAAGAUAAUUGGUUGUUAUAGGUUCUGAUUUGUAGUAAUAUGUAAAUGUUGUGUGAUUUUUGAGAUGUAAAUUCUUGUUUCAUCUUGUGCUGGUUAUUUUUAUUCCGUGAAGAUUUUCUCUAUAGGGAAUUUGUGUUUGCAUUUGUAUAAUGGAUUUUGUGUUGUGGUGCAUUUGAGUAAUGAUUUAUUGUGUUGUGGUGCAUAUACAACAA